CAGAAAUGUUCAUUUCUAAGAUGGCUUAAUUAGUGACAGAGUAAGGAGGAAUAACAUCAAGAUGGUAAACUGUGAUCACUUAUCUCCCUUAGGAGAUUAUCUAUAUCAACUGUACAAAAGUCAAGCUCUAUGUGACCUGUCAAUCAUAACUAGAACUGGUACAACAGUCCUGGCUCACAAACUGGUGGUGGCAGCUUUCUCUGGAGCAGUCAGGACAGAGGUGGAGAAAUGGAAAGAUUUACCCCAAGUGUCCAUUGUUGUAGAUUGUGAAGUAGCAGUCUUAAUGGAGUUUUUAGAUUAUAUGUACACUGGAAAUCUACAUCUUAGUGAAGAGUUAUUUCCCCUGCUACAGAAUGUAAGUCAUGGUUUGCAGAUACCUUCACUUCAAAAAUACUUGGAGGAGUAUCAAACAAGUUUAACAAGGCCAAGUAAUGGAGAUUACGCACAAGAAGGGGAAGUAACUGGUAUAAAAAAGGAAGAUGAAGGAACUAUUUCAGAUAUAUCUGAACACACAAAAAGUGAAAUAAGGGAGAUAACUAUGAAAACAAAUGGUGUAAAUAGAGACUGUAACUCUGUCAGUGAACAUACAAGCACUGAAGAGUCAAAUGAAGUAAGGGAGGUUACUCUCAUUACAAAGGAAGAAAAAAGAACCAAUUCAGAUAUAUCUGAACACACAAGCUUUGAAAAGUCAAAUGAAGUAAGGGAGAUAACUGUCAUCCCAAAGGAAGACAAAGAGAUUGUUUCAGAUAUAUCUGAGACUGAACACACAAGUAUUGAAGAGUCAAAUGAAAGGGAGCUAACUGUCAUGCCAAAUGAAGUAAGGGAGACAACUAUGAAAACUAAUUGUGAAAAGGGAGACUGUAACUCUGUCAGUGGAAAGGUGAAACAUGGAAGAAAUUUAGAAAUGAAUAAAUCAUUUGACAGUCAAAGUUUUGAAAUGUGUGACGAUUUAGAGGAAGCAGAUGAUGACACUUCUGCUGAUGUGAGUGACAAUGCUGCAUCAUGGGAAGGUGGGAUAGAGGUCAUGAAUGCAUCCCCAAGGACAAGUAAUAUGCCAAAGCAAGGACAACCAGAUAGUCUGAUCAAAGAGUCAUAUGUACUACUAGAAAGAAUUGAUAGUCUUGUCCAACCUAGAGACUGUAACAAAACUUCAGGAAAAACAGAUCAAAGCAAUACCCAUGAUACCUCUGGACAUAGUGUCAUAGCAUCAUCUAUUCUAGUGAAAGAUGGAAAAAAUAAAUUUACAUUGGAUGCAGAACAUUUGACAAACAGAAAGAAGAAAACUAUCAGACAUGAUAUACAUAGACUUUUAAUGAAUCACUCACAAAAUUCAUUACCUACCAUGAAAAAGUUUAAAAAGGAGAGUUUGGCUGAAAUGUUUGUUUGUAAAUUAAAGAAACUGUACUCAAAACAGUAUAAAGACAUACUAGUACAAAAGAUCGGAUAUUCCUGUAAAAUCUGUCGGGUUUGGGAUAAAAAUGUAUCUCGCAUCAAACUUCACAUAAAUUUGAAACACAGAAACAUAAAACCAAGAAAGUUAAAAUCUACAAGCCAAAAAGGAAGAAAAUGUAUAUCUAAGAAAAGAAGUAAACAUAUGCUUGAAAAAAGAAAGAAGAUAAUGAAGAAAAUUGAACAAAAAAUUGAAAAUUUUGAAUGUUUUAGAUGUGACAAAAGUUACUCGGGUAUUCGUGCAUUGGCAUCUCAUCUGAUUGAAAAACAUAAAAUAAAAUCUGAUAGGGUGCAGAAAUUGACCGGCUAUCCAAAAUAUUUCAAGUACAAGAAAUUUUCUAAUCAGAACUGCAAAGAAUGUAAUAUAAACUUUGAUUCAUUGAGUGACUUUAGAGCACAUUGUCGAAGUGUUCACAAGAAAAAACGUUUAGAUCCUGAUAUAGCUUGUUCAUAUGAAAAUUGUUCCGAAAAAUUUCUACUUGAAUCAGAACUACUUGAACACAUAGUGGAAUUUCAUAAAACUCAUGCAAGAAAAAGUGUUGAGCAUACAACCUUAAGGCGUCAUGAGGUCAAAGAUUCACAUGGUGUUGAGUCUGUUGACAGAUAUGAUCUCUCAAGACCGGAAAAAGAAGUAAAACAUCAGAAAAUAUUGUCAGGUUUCUCACAUAAAGUUAAUGUAAUAAAACAGACAAUGACAUGCAUGGAUUGCAAGAGAAAGUUCACAAAUCUACGUAACCUCUCAAGUCAUUUACAAAGUAUACAUAUGUACACAUUUGAACAGGCAAGGGAAGUAACUGGGUAUCCAGCUUUCUUUAAUAAAAGAAUACACACGAAGAAGGUAUCGAAAAAUCAGAAAUUUCAGGAACACACAGGAAAUCUUAAAGAAUUACAAAUGACACAAGACACACCUGAUAAAGAAAGUCCUGCAAAUGAAAAGUUACCAACGCCUACCUCAAGACAAAUUUCUUUGAAUCAGAAGAAGAAAAUCAGUAAUGUUUUAUUACCAUCAGAGAAGGACAGAUGUGUUGAAUGUCCCAAGUCGUCAAUUUGUACACAUAAGGUAAUAGAAAAAGAAAAAAAACAACAGAAAACAUCGACAGGUUACUCUCAGAAAGUUGAUGUGAUAAAACAGACAAUGACUUGUGUGGAUUGCGAAAGAAAUUUCACCAAUCUACGUAAUCUGUCAAAUCAUCUCCAGAGUAGUAUACAUAAGUACACAUUUGAACAGGCAAGGGAGGCAACUGGUUAUCCAUCUUUUGUAAAAACGAAAGACACUUCUGGGAAAGAAAGUUCUGAAAAUGCAUUAGAAAAUUUUACCAAGGCUAUUGAGAGUCAAAUGUCAUCAUAUCCAAAGAAAGCAAUCAAGUACAAAGUAAUAUUACCAUCAAAGAAAUACACAUGCAAUAGAUGUCCGAAGUCAUCGGUCUGUAGAAAUAAGUUAAUACAUAAAAAUCAUAGAGAAAUAAGGCAUAAGAAAAUACUUGUUUCAAAAUUGUUUACGAGCCAACUAGUUCUAAAGAAACAUAUAUGUCAGAGCUUUUCAUGUAUAAAACAUCUUUCCAAAAAGCCAUUCCAACAAGGUUCAGUAAUUAGUACGUUGGAUUCAAACAAUAGUGACUCUCCUGGCACCUUGCUGAAUCAAAGUAAUGGAAAUCAGAAAAGGUGCAAAGGAAACCAGUUUACUUGUUUGAAAUGUGGAUUAUCUUUCCAAUACUACAGCAGUGCAUCAUUACACUUCAAGAAAAAACAUGGGAAUCUUCAGUUACGACAACGAGCCAUUUCUUCCAGAAUAAAAAAGCAUGUGGACAUGCGUUCUACCAUGUUUUCUAGAGAGUCAUGUUUACCUAAGGUACAGGUUGAAUUUGAUGAAAAAAAUAGAACAUGUUACAAAUGUCAGAAGACCUUUUCAUCUAAGAAAAAGUUCUCCCGCCAUUUGAAAAGCACCAGAUGUCAUACUGAUUUCUUACCAUUAAAGCAGACAGGCUACACACAUACAGUUGACAUAAGAAAGCAGACAAAAACAUGUGUAGAUUGCAACAGAAGUUUCACGGCAUUACGUGGCCUUGCAAACCAUCUACAGAGUAGUGUACACAUGUACACAUUUGAACAGGCAAGGGAGGCGACAGGCUAUCCAUCACACAUCAAAAUAAUAGAUUAUACAAUGAAGGUGUCAAAAUGUCAGAAAUGUUCUGUCGUAUUUACCACAAUGAAAGAUUUAAAAGCUCAUACAGUUGCAGUACAUGGUAUUCCAUGUAAAUUCUGUGAUGAAACAUUUUCAAGUCCCUUUUCAUUAAAAAGACAUGGGUUUCGGAAACACAGAGAACAUAUUAAGGAAUUCCAAAUGAUUACAUAUACAUUUGAUAAAGAGAUGAAUGAAGCAUGUGAUGGAGAAAUUAUCCCCAAGGCUAGUAUGGCUAGCGAAAGUCAAGCAUGUGAUGGAGAAAAUAUCUCCAAUGAUAGUACGGUUAGUGAAAGUCAAGCGUGUGAAGGUGAAAAUAUCUCCAAGGCUAGUGCAGUUAGUGAAAGUCAAGCGUGUGACAGUGAAAACAUCUCCAAGGCUAGUACAGUUAGUGAAAGUCAAAGUUCAUCAUAUCAGAAGAAGAAAAUCAAGUACAAUGUUAUAUUACCAUCAAAGAAAUACAGAUGUAAUAGAUGUCCCAAGUCAUUGGUCUGUAGAAAUAAGUUAAUUCAUAAAAAUCAUACAGAAAUAAGGCAUAAGAAAAUUCUUGUUUCAAAGUUGUUUGCUAGCCAACUUGUUCUAAAGAAAAACAUGUGUAAAAAUCGCUCAUUGAUCAAAUCAGUUACCAAAGACGACCUAGAUUUGACCUCUAAGUCAAAAAUAGAGGACAUUGAAAAGAUUUCAGAACCAAAAGUUGGACAGGAACCAAAAGUUAUAGCCCUAAAUGAAAUGUCAGCUGAUGUAGCAGGUUUAACACAGGAACCAAAAGUUGUAGUGGUAAAGGAAAAAUCAGCUAACAUGAUAGGUCUAACACAUUAUUUUAAAGAUGAAAAUAAUUCCAUUGAACCAUUAUCAGACAUGAAGUCAAACAUAGGUGAUCAAUUAACUCUGAUGGAAAAUUCAGCCUUGAUUGAUCAAAAUAACCCAUUGGAUACAAUAGAUAAUGACUCUUCUGGUUCCUUGAAUAAUUCAAGUAUUAUUAAUGAAAAACAGAAAAAGUGCAAGAGAAACCAGUUUACUUGUUUGAAAUGUGGGUUGUCUUUCCCUUAUUACAGCAUGGCUUCAUUGCAUUUAAAGAAGAAACAUGGAAGGCAUCAGCUCAGACAAAGAGUCAUUUUCUCAAGAAUGAAAAAACAUGUCAGUUUACGUAGAGUUCUAUUUUCCAGAGACACAAUAGAAACAAAUACUUCCAAUAUAUUGUCAGAUGAAAAAAGGCAAACAAAAUGUGAUAUAUGUGACAGGACAUUUUCAUGUGUUGAUACUCUUGCCCAUCAUUUAGUACACUAUCACACUAACAUGACCAAACGGGCAAUGCAAGCAUCAAGUAACAUGGACCCCACUAAUAUGACUAAACCGGCAAGGCGAACAUCUAGUAACUUGGGCAAGCAGAGAAUUAGGUGUGUACAUUGCAGGAAAUCAUUGAAAUAUCCCCGUACCCAUGCUGCCCAUCUUCAGAUUGUUCAUCAUUAUACUGUUGAACAGGCAAUGGAAGUAACUGGAUACCCUUCAUUCAGAAAAAAAAAAGUUUACACAAAAAAGCCAACAAAAUGUCUGAAAUGUUCUGUGAUUUUUCCAACCUUGAGAGAGUACAAAGGUCAUGAAAUGCUGGUCCAUAGUAUUCCAUGUAAAAUUUGUGGGGAGAAGUUUUCAAAUUCAUGGCUUCUAAAAAGGCAUUGGAUUAAAAAACAUCCAGAAAAUGUUCAUGACCUUGAAGAAAUGAAAACUACAUCUUUAACCAGGAUCGCUGAAGAAGAAGAGAAUAGAAAAGAAGGUGAGACAAUGUUUAAAUGUGACAAUUGUGAUUUUACAACUAGAGAAUUAAAUGUGUUGUCAUCACACAUCAUAGAAACUCAUCCAGAGGUCAAACCGUGCUGUUCUGUCUGUGGAUAUGUAUACAGUAGCCAAGACGAUGUGGAGUUACACAUGAACGAAUGCAACCGGAAAACAAAGACGUAUCAAGAAAAAUGCAGUGUUUGUAAUAAAAAGUUUUAUAAAAGAUCAAGUUUGCAGAUACAUCAGUUCAAGGAACAUGGAAUACAGCAUCCAAAUGUUAAGAAAUAUAAAUGUGAUUUUGAUGGCUGCAAAACCAUCACUUACACAUUACCCAAUUUUAAUCACCAUAAAAAAAUGCAUACAAGAGAGAAGAAAUAUUCUUGUGACGAGUGUCAGUUUAUGAGUUCACAAUAUAGUCAUUUAUUGAGACAUGUAAGGAGUGUACACAGACGGUUGAGACCACACUUAUGUGAGAGUUGUGGCAAGGCUUACUCAGCCAAGAAAGAUCUAAUUCACCACAUAGCAAACACUCAUACAAGAGACAGCCACAAGUUCCAGUGUGAAUAUUGUCCUAUCCAGACUACAACCAAGAGUAGUCUUCAGAAUCACUUAUGGCAUCAACAUAAGGUCAAGAUGGCCGGUGAUGAUCGUCAGUACUUCCAAUGUGACCAAUGUACUUAUCAGACUCCAAAUAGAAAAAUAUUUGCCAAUCAUAUGAACAGUCACAAUAACAUCAGGAAUUACAUCUGCGAUCAAUGUGACGCCAGGUUUGUGACCAUGACCGUAUUAAUUGGUCAUCAGAAGUUCAAACAUUCUACGAAGGAUCAACACAAAGUCUGUAGUCAAUGUGGUUAUAGAGCAAAAACUAAGAGUUCCCUUAACUUGCAUAUCCGAGUUCAGCAUCAACUCAAAGGAAUUAAGCCAUAUAAAUGUGACUAUUGUGAUUUUAGGUGUGCCACUGGUGGCAACUGCCGCAAACAUAUAAUGGGCAAGCAUAAAGGUUUACCAGUACAUUAUACCUGUGACAAGAAAUAUUUGGAUAAGGCCAGAAAUGAAAGGAAGGCUGGAAACACUAAUCAAUUGUUUGAGUAGACUGUGUUUUAGACACUGAUCCUUAGACAUGUAAGACUGCAAAUGUUACUGUUUCAGAGACUGGCCAUUAUAACAUGUAAUUGUUCUUAAAUCAGGAUGAACACUCAAGAACCAAUGUAUAGAUUCUCCCAAAUUUUGACUAGCUCCAAAUGUCCAAUAAUUUUAGAAAUAAGUCUGACAUGUUUUAUCUUUUUAAAACUGAUUG